CCAACUUUUCCUCAUCGCGUCAAUGUGCAGAUGCAGGAGAUAGAGGACAGAUUCCAGCAGGAGCUCAAGAGCCUGGACCGUCUCAACGUGGAUGGCAAGCUCAGGAUGAGGUUGCAGCUCGAAGAGAUCGAGAAGCAGCUCAACAAGGAACGUCUCGGCUGGCUGAGAAGCGUGGAUUCAGGGCGCUCCCAGCUUGAUUCUACUUCUCGAGAGCUGGAGGUUACAAAGAAGGCAGGUGACAAAUCUAAAGAUGGUGGCCACGACGACGGCAAAGAGCUCUCAGAGAAGCAAGAAAAGGCUCUUGAGGAGCGCAUUCAAGCCGAGAAGAGGAAGCGUUUCCUCAUUGCAAAGUACCAGCAGGAGCAAAUCUCGCUCAAGAAGCAAGCUGACUUAGCCAAGCGCGAAAGGGCUCACCUCAUCAACAUCUUCAGGUCCAGCAACUUUUGAGAAUGACCAAUCUGUUUUUCAGGAGAGUUGAGCUGAGCGUGAGAGUUUCAUAAACCAGUUUUUUCUUAUGCUUCGAGCAGUGCUAAUGUUGAAUAAAAAGUAAUAACCCA